AUGUUCUUGAUGGAAACUAUGAAUCGUAGAGAUGUGUUGGUAGACUUGCAAGAAUGGUUGUGUUACAAGAGAGUGUUUACAGUGGAGCCGAUCGGAACAUGUGGUGGACUUGCUCUGUUUUGUAAAAACGGUGUAGAUAUUGUGGUGCUAGAAGAGAACAAGAACUUGUUAGAUAUUUAUGUUCAGUAUGGUGCUGUUUCCUUCUUCGUCUCGUGUGUCUAUGGAGCUCCAGAUAAGAGGUAUAGAGAUGAGGUGUGGGAGCAGCUUAGUAGAAUUGGUGUAAAUAGGCAAGACAGUUGGUGCAUGAUUGGAGACUUCAAUGAAAUCACAAGCAAUGGAGAAAAGCUUGGAGGUCCAAGGAGGAGUGUGAGCUCAUUUCAGUCUUUUGUAGAUAUGUUGAAUGCUUGUGCCUCAAAUCAGUGUUUCCUAGACAAACGAGGGUCAGACCAUAGGCCGGUUUUAGUCAGUCUUCAAGAUUCGCAGGAAGCUUACAGAGGUCACUUCAGAUUUGAUAAGAGGCUGCUUUUACAACCUGAAGUCAAGAUGUCCAUCUCCAAUUCGUGGAAAAGGAGAGUCUCGGGCAACUUGUUCUCUGUCUCAGAUCGUCUGCGGGAUGUGAGGAAGAGCCUAAGUGUUUGGAAAAGGAACAAUAAGAUGAAUUUGAAUGACAGAGUGCAACUGUUGGAGAAGAAUUUAGAGGAAGAACAGUCAGUGAGCUUCCCUUGCACAGGGAGACUAAGAUAUCUAAAGAGAGAAUUGGUGUUUGCAUACAAAGAUGAAGAAAUGUACUGGAGGCAGAAGAGCAGACAAAAGUGGUUGAGAUCAGGAAUAGGAAAAGACUGGAAGUUCUAA